GGUGAAGGCGCCACGUCGGCAGAAGCAACAGAGGAGCAGAGAGGAGCAGUUGUGCAGAAAAGUUAGUGAGUUGGUUUGAAGAGGAGGACUGAAGGCUGCAGCUGCAGAGCCACAGGCUGACAUCAGGACCUGCAGCAGCUCAGGGAGACGCACUGGGAACAAUGGUGAAGGAUGUGAACAGCGUGAACGUGGAGCCCCAGCCCGGCACCAGCCUGGCGUCAGAUGAAGCCGAACCGGCCGACAGCCAGUCACCAGAGGACCCUGGUAAAGACCACGCCACAGCCCCGCCCGGCAUGGUGUGGCGGGUCACCGGCGGCCUCUUUAACGUCACCAAGGGCGUCGUCGGCGCCGCGGUGGGAGGAGUGGCCUGGGUGGGCGGGAAGAGCUUGGAGAUCACCAAAUCGGCUGUGACCACAGUCCCGUCGAUGGGGGUGGGGCUAGUGAAGGGCGGAGUCUCAGCCGUGGCCGGCGGAGUCUCCAGCGUGGGCUCAACGGUCGCCAACAAAGUGCCGUUCACCGCCAAGAGGAAAGACAAAGCAGAGUGAGGAGCCGAUGAUGCUGGGAGGAUAACUGACAGAUUUGCUCCGCCCUGAGCCGAGAGAGAGAGAGAGCCGAUCUCGACCAAUCAGACGCCACAGUGCCUUCCCCUGACGCCACCCAGACUGUAAAAUACUGUGCAGCUCUUAGAUAUUCUAAGUACUUCUCCACAACCCGAACAUCUCUGUUCUACUCCAGCUCCAUAUGUGGCGUCAUCUCGAUGAACACUUUCACCAGUUUACAGAUCAGUCUGAGGCCACGCCCCUUUUUUUCUGCUCUCCAACCCGAAGACUUCUGCUGGAACCUUCUGUCUUCAGAUGCUGAUUUUUAUGCUUUGUUUGUUUUGCAGUGAUAUUGAAGUAUUAUUGAAACCUGUCUGUUAAUGAAUGAGUGUUGAGGGAUCAGACUGUUUCUUCUGCUGCGGAGCCCCAAGGGCAGUGGUUGCCCCUCCCCCCCUGUUUCUGCAUGCAGGGACGUCUCUCUGAAAUACCUAACGCCUGACGACACUCGAACCAAAGCAGAGCCUGGGUCUCCUCUGCAGCGUCUUUACAGUGAAAGGUUUUAAAGAUCCCAAUGUUACUCAGAAAAGGUGGACUGCUCCUUUAAUCGAUGUUUCCUCUGCUUCAGAGCAGGAAGCAAACAUCAGCAUUUCAAUGCAGCUUUUGUGGAGGAGUUGAACUAUGUGAAAGAUGUUUGUAUUAUUUUCCUUUAUCAAUAAAGUAGUUUAGAACAUUA